AACACUCCGCAUUUUAGAACCUUCCGCGUUUUCCGCAAUUCGAGUUUUACUUUUGUUGAUUUUACAUUUGUCUGUCUGUCUUCAUGGUUUUGCUGUAACCGCUUGUUGUCGUUAUACCAAUGUUUUAAGUAUAAACAUGGCGAAUAGGACGGUAAAAGAUGCGCAUACUGUUAAAGGAACGAAUCCACAAUAUCUUAUUGAAAAAAUUAUCCGCUCACGAAUAUACGACAGUCGGUAUUGGAAAGAACAAUGUUUUGCACUUACAGCCGAGUUAUUGGUAGACAAAGCCAUGGAUUUAAAAUACAUUGGUGGAGUCUACAGUGGAAACAUCAAACCGUGCCCAUUUCUGUGCUUGAUACUAAAAAUGUUACAAAUUCAACCGGAUAAGGAUAUUAUUGUGGAGUUUAUUAGAAAUGAAGAUUUUAAAUAUGUACGUUGUCUCGGUGCUUUCUACAUGCGCAUCACUGGAACAUCUCUAGAUUGCUAUAAAUACCUGGAACCACUGCUCAAUGAUUUUCGUAAAAUCAAAUUUCAAAAGCGGGAAGGAAAUUUCGUGAUCACUCACAUGGAUGAAUUUAUUGAUGAACUUCUUCGUGAAGAAAGAUCAUGUGACGUUAUAUUACCAAGAAUACAGAAGAGACAAAUCCUGGAGGAGCUUGAGCAGAUUGAUCCUCGCAUCUCUGCGUUGGAUGAUGACCUGGAUGAUCUUGGAGAGUCAAGUGAUGAUGAUGAUGAAGGUCCUCCUCUUGAGAUUAGGGAGCGAGCUCCGAUUCAUAGACGAAGAAGUCCAUCACCAAGUCACAGAGAUAGACACCGUCGUAGUCCGUCACCUAAACAUCGUCGGUCAAGAAGCAGAUCACCUCGUCGCCGUCGUAGAAGUCGAACUCCACCACGAAGACACCGAUCACGAGAGCGUGAACGUGAUAGAGAUCGUGAAAGACAGAGGUCACCACACCGAUCACAUAAAGAUAAAGAUCAUGAAUCACGGUCAAAGAAGAAAAGUAGUAAACAUAGUAAGAAGGCAAAGAGUGAAGUUGAUAUAGAAAUCCAGGAGGCGAACGAGCUCAGAGCGAAACUUGGACUCAAACCUCUCAAAUGAAAUGGCUGUCGUAAACAAGGAGGGAUCUUUAUUUAGAAAUUGUUUAUAAAUACAAGCUGGCUGCGAAAAUGAUGUCACGCUUAAUAAGUUGAAUUCCUUCGGAAAAUUUGUUCUCAAGAUGAGUGUUACCGAUGGCUUUGGCAGCGUGACACAUCUCUCGGAGCAAUUCCUCCAACCUUCUCAUGCAUCUUAUGAUGCUUCCUGCAAAGCAUGAGUUUUUAUAGACACCAAUAAAUCAUAUUUGUAAAAUCAGA